UGACAAUUACUGAUGGUGGCCGGCGUUUCGGCGACAGUCGACUGCCGGAGAUGAAAUGGAGAUCGCCUGCCAUUAGGCCUUAUGUAAGGUCCAAAACGCCUCGGCUCCGGUGGACAACAGAUCUUCACCGUUGCUUCUUGCUUGCAGUUCAACGGCUUGGGGGAGAAGAGAGAGCAACACCAAAGUUAGUGUUACAGCUGAUGAAUGUGAAGGGGCUUACCAUUUCUCAUGUCAAAAGCCACCUUCAGAUGUACAGGAGCAUGAAGCAUGAGCAGAUGAUUCACGCAGAAAAUAAGAAGACGAAGAAUGAAAAGUCGGGAGUGGGAUUGCUACAAGAUUCGUCCUUUGUUACCUCAAGAAGUUAUGGGCAUCAAGAGAAUGAAGUACUUCAACAAGGAAACGAAAGAUGUUCAAAUCUUCACAAUAUGGCAAAGUUUAAUCUUAAUGGUAUUCAUGCGCAAUGGAAUAUCAGAAAGGAAGAAUAUGAAGAGAAAGAUGGAAGGCAGGAUUGUAAUGCAGAAGCAAUUUAUGGUGACAGAGAGCAGCAGACACGUUCCUAUAUCAUCUUCAAUGACCUUUUCAGAAGCAACACUCACCCUGAGAGAAAUGAGAAGAAAGCAGAAAGUGAAGGAGGUGGUGGUAAUGAUCAAAGAUUGGAAGAGGAAGAUUCGAGUGAGAUAGGAGAGAGAGUGGAUGUUGAUGAAGACGACAAAGUGUCUCUGUCAAUGACCUCUAAAGCUUUUCUGCUUCAGCCAUGGCCGAACCAGCUCACCCUGCUUGGUAGUCUUCACGUAAAUGAUGUCUCUCUUGACCUCACACUCUCCUCCUUCAACACUAAUCACUCUUCAUUUGCUUCCUCAAACAAUAACACUACCAACUCCUAAUUCAU